AUGGGCCGAGCACAUAUUGUAUUUCUUUCUUAUAGGCGACCCCACUUAGUGGGACAAGGUUUUGUUGUUGUUGUUGUUGUUGUUGUUGUUGUAUUUCUUUCUUAUAUUUUAUUAGUUGCAAAAUCAGAAGAUGCAAUUUAUCUGGGUUUCUUUGCCAAUUUCCUUGGUAUCUUCAUCUUUGUACUGGUGAUAGCUUACCAUUUUGUUAUGGCUGAUCCUAGGUUACUCUGGUUGUGAUUUUCAUGUUGUAAAUUCAGCUAUUUUUUUUAAUGGAAGUUAAGUUGAUAUAGAAAGGAAUUUCAUUUUGAGCAUGUGAUGUGAGUUUACUGCUAUAUCUUAUCAAAGACUUCAUUGACACUAAUGAAUUUGCUAGAUGAAUAUUUUGUUUAGAAACCAUCUUGAAUGAUUAUUGAUUAGCUCUGCUUACUGCUACUGUGCUUGUUCCAUUCUUAGCUGCUCACUGCUAGUACUCUGAAUUCCGCUAUAUUGUUGUGCUUUUUGUGAACUUUGUUAUUCAAUGAAUGAAUAGAUGAAUUGAAUGAACUCAAUUAACUAGAUGAAUAGAUGAUCGAUGAUUAUUUGUUAUUGGUUUGGUUAAUUCAAUAAUUUUUUUUUUGUCUUUUGUUACUAUCUUAAUGAGU